AAAGUUUAUGUGGAAAGUAAGAUAUGUUGUAAAUGGAGGGGAGGUUUUUUUUGUGUAGAUGGAACUCUGUCCCCUCUACAUGAGAAACCUGAUUGGCAUAGGGAAGGUUUCUUCAACAAGAAUUUGGACUAUUUUCUAACAGCCCAGGUUGUUAUAUUUCCUCAUAACCUUCAUAUUGUAAACUAUAUCAUUGGUGUACCUGGGUUUCUGCAUGACUCAAAC